UAAGGAACUUAGAGGUUUAGCUUGCAAAAUGUUUUAUUUACGUACUCUCAAUGCUUUAGUGGCCCUUUUUCACAAAAGCGUACACUACCAUUUUACUAGAUAUUACCGAAACGUCAGGUACGCGUGCCUUGCGUCGGUAUGUACCAUUUUGCCUACCCACCGGGAAGGAUUUUGUUGUGACAGAGGAGUCACAACCCGGCAGGGGGAGACGGUCAUUACAUACUUUUUUUCAUCUUGGACCAACGAUGGCUUUCAGCAAGGGAUACCGCAUCUACCACAAGCUGGACCCACCCCCCUACAGUGUCAUAGUGGAAACUAGGACCAGGGAAGAAUGCCUCAUGUUUGAAUCGGGGGCUGUUGCUGUUCUGUCUGCAGCAGAGAAGGAUGCCAUUAAAAACACAUACACCAAGAUUGUUGAUGCCUAUGGAAUCCUGGGUGUCCUCCGCCUAAACCUGGGUGACUCCAUGCUCCACAGUCUGGUGGUUGUGACUGGAUGCAGCUCUGUGGGGAAGGUGCAGGAUUCUGAGGUUUUCAGGGUCACACAGACAGACUUUAUAUCGCUGAAGAAUGAUCCAGGGGAUGAGGACCGGAUCGCUGAGGUGCGAAAGGUCCUAAACUCAGGGCACUUCUACUUUGCCUGGUCUUCCACUGGAGUCAGCAUGGACUUGAGUCUCAAUGCACAUCGCAGGAUCCUAGAAGACACGACAGACAACCGCUUCUUUUGGAACCAAUCUCUCCACCUGCACCUGAAACAUUAUGGAGUAAACUGUGAUGACUGGCUGUUGAGGCUGAUGUGUGGCGGUGUGGAGAUCAGGACCAUCUACGCAGGUCACAAACAGGCCAAGGCCUGCAUCUUCUCCCGCCUCAGCUCAGAGCGAGCUGGCACGCGAUUCAAUGUCCGAGGAACAAAUGAUGAUGGACAGGUGGCCAACUUUGUGGAGACUGAACAGGUUAUUUUCCUGGAUGACAAAGUUUCAGCUUUCAUACAGAUCCGUGGGUCCAUUCCUCUUUUCUGGGAACAGCCAGGAAUCCAGGUUGGCUCUCAUCGUGUCAAACUCUCAAGGGGAUUUGAGGCAAAUGCGCCAGCAUUCGAAAGACACUUCACUGCACUGCGGAGGUUGUAUGGUAAACAGGUGAUUAUCAACCUGCUUGGGAGUAAGGAAGGGGAGCACAUGCUCAGCAAAGCGUUUCAGAGUCACCUGAAGGCAUCAGAGCAUGUAACAGCAGUGAAAAUGGUGAACUUUGACUACCAUCAAAAUGUGAAGGGAGGGAAAGCAGACAAACUUCACAGUGUACUCAAACCCCAGCUCAGCAAAUUCACAGCAGAGUGUGGGUUCUUCUACUACUCAGGAGAAACAGGCAUCGCAAGGACCCAGGGUGGGACCAUCAGGACCAACUGCCUGGACUGUUUGGAUAGAACCAACAGUGUACAGGCCUUUUUUGCCCUUGAGAUGCUGCCAAAGCAGUUGGAGGAAAUGGGUCUGACAGAGAAACCCCAGCUGGUGGCCAGGUUCCAGGAGGUUUUUAGGACCAUGUGGUCUGCCAACGGAGACUCCGUCAGUAAGAUCUAUGCAGGCACUGGUGCCCUAGAUGGCAAGGCCAAGGCGGGGAAGCUAAAAGAUGGAGCUCGUUCUGUGACAAGGACCAUCCAGAACAACUUCUUUGACAGUUCUAAGCAGGAGGCUAUAGACAUCCUGAGGCUGGGCUCCACACUCAACAGUGACUUGGCAGACAAAGCUCGGGCCUUACUCACCACUUCCAGUCUUUAUGCCUCCCCAAGAGUAUUGCUGGGAAUGUGUCAGAACUACCAUAAAUACACGCGACCCAAGCAGAUCCGGGUGUGUGUCGGCACCUGGAAUGUCAAUGGGGGUAAACAGUUUCGCAGCAUUGCUUUCCGCAACCAGACACUCAAUGACUGGCUUUUGGAUGCUCCAAAGAAGGCAGGGCAUCCUGAGUUUCAAGACAGCAAAGCCAACCCCAUAGAUAUCUUUGCCAUCGGUUUUGAGGAAAUGGUUGAACUGAAUGCUGGCAACAUUGUCAGUGCCAGCACUACUAACCAGAAACUGUGGGCAGCUGAGCUCCAAAAAAACAUCUCACGGGACCACAAGUAUGUGCUGCUUGCUUCAGAGCAACUGGUGGGAGUGUGUCUUUUUGUGUUCAUCCGCCCACAGCAUGCACCCUUCAUCAGGGAUGUAGCUGUAGAUACUGUAAAAACUGGAAUGGGUGGGGCCACAGGCAAUAAAGGUGGUGUGGCCAUCCGCCUGUUGUUCCACACCACUAGCAUCUGCUUUGUCUGCUCCCACUUUGCUGCUGGCCAGUCACAGGUCAAGGAGAGGAAUGAUGACUACAGUGAGAUCACACGCAGACUCAGUUUCCCCAUGGGUCGUCUGCUGUACGCUCACGAUUACGUGUUCUGGUGUGGCGACUUUAACUAUCGUAUCAGCCUGCCCAAUGAGGAAGUAAAAGAACUCAUCAAACAACAGAACUGGGAUGCCCUGACAGCUGGAGACCAGUUGUUGGACCAGAAGAAUGCUGGUUUGGUCUUCCGAGGUUUUAUCGAGGGAAAGUUAGAUUUUGCUCCCACCUACAAGUAUGACCUCUUCUCAGAGGAUUAUGACACCAGCGAGAAGUGCCGCACACCAGCCUGGACUGACCGCAUACUCUGGAAGAGAAGAAAGUGGAACUUCGACAAAACAGCUGAGGAGAUGAAUGUCGUAGGUGCAGCUUCUACAUCUGGGGAAAAUGAGGAUGAUCCACACUACCCUUGGAGCCCUGGAACUCUGAAGUACUAUAGCAGGGCUGAGCUUAAGACCUCAGACCACAGGCCUGUGGUGGCAGUAAUAGACGUGGAUAUCUUGGAGGUCGACCCAGAAGCUCGGCACCAGGUCUACAAAGAUGUCAUUGCCCUGCAGGGGCCUCCAGAUGGCACCAUCCUGGUGUCGCUCUGCUCCUCCGGCCCUGAGGACUACUUUGACGAUGCACUCAUAGAUGAGCUGCUGGACAAAUUUGCUAAUUUUGGAGAGGUCAUCCUCAUCAGGUUUGUUGAGGAGAAAAUGUGGGUCACCUUCCUAGAAGGUUAUUCUGCGCUUGCUGCUCUGUCUCUCAGUGCUUCUACUGUCCUUGGCAAGGUGAUUGACAUCCGUCUGAAGAGUCCAGGCUGGAUCAAGAGUCUGGAGGAGGAGAUGAGUGUGGAGAGGAUCUGUGGAAGUAUCCCCACCUCAGCCAGCUCCACUUUGCUUGCUGAGGACACGGACAUGGGCGACGAUGAUUACGAUAUGGAAGGUGACGUGGACGAGGAGGUGGAAGAGAUCCUUCCCCAGCACCUGCAGCCUGGAGCAGGCUCGGGCUCUGGAACCUCUCCCCUCCCCUCCCCCCGCAGUAGCCCCUGUCCCUCCCCGACGCACGGAGAACCUACAGCCCCCAGCAGGCCUAGUCGUUCAGCACAACCCUCCCGACCAUCACAAGGGCCUCCUGUUGACUUCCAGCCUGGUGCCCCCACUUCCAGUCAAGGACUGGAGCCCAAGCGCCCGCCUCCUCCUCGUCCCAAUGCCCCCCCAGCCAGACCAGCACCCCCUCAACGCCCACCACCACCUUCAGGUCGAAGCCAGGCAGCAGCGGGAGCUCCUGGACCUGGAGGUGCUCCCAGACCGAAUAUCCCUCCUCGGGCCGGGGUGAUCAGUAUGCCCCCACAGUCUCGCCCACAACCUCCCUCUCACCCUGGAGCGCCCAGACCUAUCCCAGAAGUGCAUCCCGGGGCCCCUCGGCCCAUCCCAGACACCCAUCCUGGAGCCCCACGACCUGUGCCCAGUGCCCAAGCUAAACCGACUGACCUGCCUCUAGGUCCUCCACCCUCAGGACCAACUCCUGCAGUGAGACCCCAGGUUCCAACACAAAUGCAGCCGCCCAUGCAGCCCCAACCUGCUGCUCCUUCAGCUCAGUCCCAACUCCCACCACCGAUGCAGCCCACGCUCCCAGCUCCUCUCCAGCCACAGCAAGCUGCAGCUCCUAAAGCGGGCCCCGCGGGGCCUCCUGGUUCAGCCGCCGCCGCCACUGCUGCCCCUGCUGGGCCCCCACAGGGUCUAGCCUCUCCUAAACCCCCGCCGCGUUCCCGCUCCUCUCACGCUCUGCCGCCUGAUGCUGCCAAGUCUGAGACAGCUGUAAAGACGAAUGGACUGAAUGGAAUCCAAAGAGAAGCACAAUGGAAACCCGACCCCUUCAACACACUUGAAUCUGAUUUACUCUCCUCUUCCUCAUCCUCCUGGCACACCACCCAGUCCCUGACCAGAGGCUCCUCUCUGCGUCCUCACCCCUCGUUUCCUCCAUCCACGUUUUCCUCCAGCACCCUCCCUUCAUCGCCUCCUCCAGUCCCAUCUCGUAGUCGCUCGCAGGAGACGCUGCGUGCCUCCCCUGGCCCCUUCCCAACUGACUCGCUUCCUGCCCGACCCAGCAGCACCAAUCCCUUCACAGGCCCACUCGCACAGCAGCAUCAGCAGCGCCGCUCGCUCACCCCAGACUUCAGCGUCCAGCGUCCCAGCCCGAUGCCAAACCUGCAGAGGACCAUGUCUGCUCUUACUCAGCCACUCAUGCCCACCCUUUUUGCACCAUCAUCCACUCUCAAUCCUACACCUGCUCCUCUGCUCCCCUUUACCCCUGACCCGUCGCCUGCUCCCGCCUUGCCUCUGGCACCGCCCUCCUCCAUUCCGCCUGCCCUCGAACCUCGCUGCCAGCCACCUCCCCCAGGAGGGAAACCAACCCAGCGGUGGGUCACUUUUGAUGAUGAUUUGGAUUUUCCACCCACGACUAAAACGCAACAGACCCCCGUCUUCCCUUCCAGUUCCCCAGUGCUCCAAACUCAGACUCAGCCCACCCGCUCCGUGUUUGACUCAGAGCCCGACUGGUUAUCCGCGGCCCCUUCAGUAUUCCCGACCCUCCCUCCUCCCAUCCCAACUAGAACUGCAACUGGUAACCCAAAACUCCCAGAGGGACCCAUUGACGACUGCUUCUUCCCCAGGGAGUCGACGGAAAGAUAGGAUCACCCUUAAUAUGCAAAGGGCAUAUCCAGAUAUGUAUAGAUAUAUGACAAAUGUGUAUAUGUGUGUGUGUAUGUACAAAAAGAGACAGAAUUUAAGACGUAUAGACCAAUCCCCUUCUGAAUUACAGGAAAGGAUUUAUAUCUCGAGCAGUAACAUGAGAAAUGUAUGAGCCUAAAUGUGUGUUCUAUCUUUACCACAGAGAUAUAUGCUUGUUCCCUGAUAUUAACAUUUAUUUUAAUAUAAAUUGUUCUGAUGUUUAUUUUUAUUUAUGGCAGCAAACGUGCCUGUGUCUACAGUAUACAGUUAUACGAAGUAUAUCUAUACGCACAAAUCGUGCGUGCAAGCACCUGUGCAAUAUCAAGACGUGUCUGUGUGGCCGUGCAGCACACUGGAUUUGCCUGCAAGGUUUUCGCCCGAAUCAGUGUUACCUUCGCAUUCGCUACAUUUUGCUAACACACUGCGGGGCAUAUCCCCUCGUUCUGACUGAUCUGUGCAUUUAGAGCGGGAUUCUCAGAGUAGAUGGUCAUCUUCCACUUUCUUGGUUUUGUCGUGUAGUAACGGCCAUGCGCUGCGGGCUGUACAUCUGCCAGGAUUCAGAUUGCUUUGACCUGCAACGAAUCAAUUGUGAGUUUGUUCCCUUCUUUUGGGUCUGAGGGGUGCAAAGUCGAAAGUCAUUGCGUGCUCGCGUUUAUCAUGAAUGUACUUUAUGUUGCACUGGGUUUCGUCACUCCCUCCUUGCUGACACCACAGUGUAAACAGCAGCAGCAUGAAUUCGGUGUCAUAGUCAGUCAAACCGCUCACUGCCGCACGAGCGAUGCUCUGUCAUAUCAUCUCAACCACUCGAUAGUAAGACAUUUUGUUCUCUCUCUAUUCAGUCCUCGUUCGCUGUCUGUGGGCUGUUACGCUUAGCUGAAUUAAUUUUGUAGCUCUAUAUCAAAACCUAUACAUAGUAAUUAUGUAUAAAUUUAUGUUUUCAAUAUGGAAACUACUCGCUAAAUGUGUGUGUGUGUGUGUGUGUGUGAUAACCGUACCAGUGGUUUGCACAAUGUAACUGAUAUGCACUGAAAUGCUGUGUGCGCUCUCUUGGUCGUAUUGUUGUUGACGGCAGAGUGACAGAGAGGAGAGCCUGCGGAUUGAACAGGUGAGGGGGCUUUUUGACCUUUCCACCUCCUUCUUGAUUUAUCCAAAGCAUCAAACCAUAUUACUGUAAAUUCAAAGAAUGUGGCGCGUGUGUGUGUAUGCUUCUGUUACUCAAAGUAUGAAGAAGAUGUGAUUUGAGUCUGUGAGCAUGGCAUCAAACUCAUGCCGUGCAUAAUAAUAAGAGGGCACAUUUUUUCUUACUUAAACUUUUGUUUAUUGCAAAAGUCAUGCUUUUAAUUUCUAAGAACAUUUGCUAUCUUAAUAAUCUAUUGUUGAUACUGUGGUGAGAAGUAAUGUGUUGUGUUUGAGGUGCAUAUUGCCCGUUGUUGUGUUUAACAGUGUUUGUGUUUGGAUGUGAGUGUGUGUACAGAGUUAACAGUGGAAUACCAGAGCUUUUCCCAACUGAAAAGUCUCAUCUUUUAGGUACAAACAGUAUAUUUGUUACAGGCUCUGAACCAACAGCCGCUGUAUUCACUCACUAGCGGCUGUAACUGCUCUUCAGCCUGCCGGGGGCUGAAGAGAGCCAUCGCUGUAUGCGAAAAAAAAGGUUAACAAUACAAGACAAAGGAUUUAUUUCCCUUCAAAGCAACCACCAUCUGAGCGAGUAUUCCCCUGUAGCAACACCAAUGGAAGAUUACUCACCCCUUCGACUGGAAAUACAGACUCAAUUACGCUGUGAGCUUGGGCCCAAACGCACCGCCAGAUAACGUUUCCAGCUGGCUGUUUGUCGUUUUCCUUCCCAGGCGCCGUGUGGCACACAUUCCAGACAGUAGUGUGACUUGAGUGUUGGGUGUCAAACUCUUCUCAGUGUUCGCAGAAGCCCCUGUGAUAUCCAACCCGAGGCUGUUUGCUCCAGUUGAGGGUAAUUGUUACUGAGCAUCGCUGAUUUCUUAUCCAUUCUUAAGGUGUGUGUGUGUGUGUGUGUGUGUGGUGUUGUCAGAGGUGACGUUUCAGUAUUUUCUUUCUUCCUGUACUACCGACUUCACUCUUAAACGGCUGUUGAGUUUUAUGGGUCAGUUUCAAUGUUGACAGUGAUGACAAGACGAAACAGUUUUGCAAAAGGAUCAGUGAGAGCACAGUCCUCCCCAGCAGGACACGUGCCAGCUGUUGUAGACUACUAAGAUGUGGUUUCCCCCAACCUUCAGAAAUCACGAAAAACAGGCGGAAAUGUCUUGAAAGCAUUCCGAUGGUUCAAGGAGGGCAGACACAUGAACCAAGAAAGUACCAGCUAAAUAAUGCUUUCGCGCUCUGUUUAAACAUAUGAAUAUGAGUAGAAACCUGUGUCUGCAUUAACAGUAGGUGACUAGCCAGCGCUUUGUGUAUCGUCAUGUUCAAGAUGAGAUUUUAUAGGAAACAAAUUGCUCCUUUUGUGAGGUCGGUGUCCCUUUUUAUGGCUAUAACCCAUAGUAAAUAAGAGUCUGUGUUGUUGAACAUAUUCUGUAUGUAUUAAAGAGAAAACAUGAAGCUGCGAUUCAUGUUAAUAUCCAACGUUCCAUAUUUUAAGUGCACACCCGAUUGCACAUUUAUGUAUGAAGCAGUUUAUGUUGUAUGUAUGCAAAAAUAA